UCGUCCCGGAAGUGCUGUUGCAGAAGUGGCUGCCGGCGUGACUUUCAGCGCUUCCCGCUGUGAUUCCAGUGGCUGAGCACAUCCGGCGCUGAGCUUGCCAUGAGGCUGCUGAGAGCUGCUACUGCUGUGGCUCUGGGGCGCGGGUCGCUCCUGCGGGUCUCUGCCGCCCUAGGCAGGCAUGGGAAGCAGGUACCGGUACCGGUUAAUUGGAAGACCUGCCGAUGGUGUUCAUCAGGGGUAAUCCCUAAUGAAAAGAUACGAAAUAUUGGAAUCUCAGCUCACAUUGAUUCUGGGAAAACUACAUUAACAGAACGAGUGCUUUACUACACUGGCAGAAUUGCAAAGAUGCAUGAGGUGAAAGGUAAAGAUGGAGUCGGGGCCGUCAUGGAUUCCAUGGAACUGGAGAGACAAAGAGGAAUCACUAUUCAGUCAGCAGCUACCUAUACCAUCUGGAAAGAUGUCAAUAUCAACAUUAUAGAUACUCCUGGGCAUGUGGACUUCACGAUAGAGGUUGAAAGGGCCCUGAGAGUGUUGGACGGAGCAGUCCUGGUUCUCUGUGCUGUUGGAGGUGUGCAGUGCCAGACCAUGACUGUUAAUCGACAGAUGAAGCGCUACAAUGUUCCAUUUCUAACUUUUAUUAACAAACUGGACCGAAUAGGCUCCAAUCCAACCAGGGCUCUGCAGCAAAUGAGGUCCAAACUAAAUCAUAACGCAGCAUUUAUGCAGAUACCCAUUGGUUUGGAGGGUGAUUUUAAAGGUAUUAUAGAUCUUAUUGAGGAACGAGCCAUCUAUUUUGAUGGAGACUUUGGUCAGAUUGUUCGAUAUGGUGAGAUUCCAGCUGAAUUGAGGGCGGCAGCAGCUGACCACCGGCAGGAGCUGAUUGAAUGUGUUGCCAAUUCAGAUGAACAACUUGGUGAGCUGUUCCUAGAAGAAAAAAUCCCCUCAAUUUCUGAUAUAAAGCUUGCCAUCCGAAGAGCUACUCUAAGUAGAUCAUUUACUCCUGUCUUUUUGGGAAGUGCCUUGAAGAACAAAGGAGUGCAGCCUCUUUUAGAUGCUGUUUUAGAGUACCUCCCAAACCCAUCUGAAGUCCAGAAUUAUGCUAUUCUCAAUCAGGAGGGUGACUCGAAAGAGAAAACCAAAAUCUUAAUGAAUUCCAAAAGAGACAACUCUCACCCGUUUGUAGGCCUGGCUUUUAAACUGGAGGCAGGUCGAUUUGGACAGUUAACUUAUGUCCGCAAUUAUCAGGGAGAGUUGAAAAAGGGUGACACCAUCUACAACACAAGGACAAGAAAGAAAGUGCGGCUACAACGGCUGGUUCGCAUGCAUGCCGACAUGAUGGAGGAUGUGGAGGAAGUAUAUGCUGGAGACAUCUGUGCAUUGUUUGGCAUUGAUUGUGCUAGUGGGGACACAUUCACAAACAAAGAUUGUAGUGGCCUUUCUAUGGAGUCAAUUCAUGUUCCUGAUCCUGUCAUUUCAAUAGCAAUGAAGCCUUCCAAUAAGAAUGACCUAGAAAAAUUUUCAAAAGGUAUCAGCAGAUUUACCAGAGAAGAUCCCACAUUUAGAGUCCACUUUGACACUGAAAACAAAGAGACAAUUGUAUCCGGAAUGGGGGAAUUACACCUGGAAAUCUAUGCUCAGAGAAUGGAAAGAGAAUAUGGCUGUCCCUGUAUCACAGGAAAGCCAAAAGUUGCCUUUAGAGAGACCAUUACUGCCCCUGUCCCGUUUGAGUUCACACAUAAAAAACAGACCGGUGGUGCAGGCCAGUUUGGGAAAGUGAUAGGUGUACUGGAGCCUCUGGACCCAGAGAACUACACUAAGUUGGAGUUUUCAGAUGAAACAUUUGGGGCAAAUGUUCCAAAACAGUUUGUGCCUGCUGUAGAAAAGGGGUUUUUGGAAGCCUGUGAGAAGGGCCCUCUUUCUGGACACAAGCUCUCUGGGCUUCGGUUUGUCCUACAGGAUGGCGCGCACCACAUGGUUGAUUCCAAUGAAAUCUCUUUCAUCCGAGCAGGAGAAGGUGCUCUUAAACAAGCCUUGGCAAAUACAACAUUAUGUGUUAUUGAACCAGUUAUGUCUGUGGAAGUGAUAGCUCCAAAUGAAUUUCAAGGAGCAGUGAUUGCGGGUAUUAACCGGCGCCAUGGAGUUAUCACAGGGCAAGAUGGAGUUGAGGACUAUUUUACCCUGUUUGCAGAUGUCCCUCUAAAUAAUAUGUUUGGUUAUUCCACUGAACUUAGGUCAUGUACAGAGGGAAAGGGAGAAUAUACAAUGGAGUACUGCAGAUAUCAGCUGUGUUCACCAACCACACAAGAAGAUCUAAUUAAUAAAUAUUUGGAAGCUACAGGUCAACUUCCUGUAAAAAAAGGAAAAGCCAAGAACUAACUUCUCUCACUUUGAAUUGACUAUCAAAUUUUAACUGAAUCUGCAAGGUUUAGAUACUUUAAUGGAUUUCAGUGGAAUGGAUUCAGGCUGCUGAAUCAGGAGUUUUAGAAGUCCUUCCAGUUAUAUUCAAGAGCUUCUAUUUCUUCAGAAAGAAUUCUGUUUCAUAUCUCAACUCUACUGAUUAGUUUUAUAGUGUGUUGAAAAAUAAAAUAUUUAUUUCUAAACAAAUAAAUAUGAUUAUUUCUGAAAUAUAUUUGAUAUUUAUUUAAGGGAGAAAGAGACUAAUUUGAGUUAUACUUAUAAGCUUAGGAAGUGUAUGAACUUUAUUUCCAAAUUUUUCAUCAUAAGAAUUUUCAACAUAUAGAAAAGUUGAAAAACAGCACAAAAAAACACCCAUAUAAUUUUGUGGUAGAUACAACAAGUAACAAUUUAACAAUUUGUUCAUCAUAUCAUAAUUUGAUUUGCCAUACUUGCUUUAUCUGUUUGUUUAUUGUCCAUCUAUGCCUCAUACCUCUAUAUAUUUUUUAAUUUUUAAAAUUAUUUUUGCUGAAAACUUGAAAGUGAAUUGUUUGUGUCAUAAUACUUCUCAGAGUGCCGAUUUUUAUUAGGCAAGGUUUUUUGUUUAAGAGUACAUUCCGUAUGAUCUUAAUAUGUUUUUCAGAUUCUUCAUCAGGAUAUUAAAGUACUGGCUCUAUUUCUAGCUUUUUAAUAUAGAACUGAUUGCUUAAAUUUGUGGUUUCUGCAAUUCCCUUGUAAUUGCCCCUGCUUUUAGGAGUAUGUUACUUCCUUACAGCCCUGUCUGAAGUGAGAAACAGACCCUUGCAUAUAAUAUUAUUAACUGUAUUCAUUUUAAUGUUUCUGCAUUCCUAAAGAAUAAAAUGUGAUCUACAGAGGUACUGUCCAGUUUCAUUUACCUAGUAAAUAUUAGUUGAAUUUGAAAUCUGUUGAGAUUUAUCAUAGUUUUGUAUUCAAUGAGAUUGUGAAAGAACAAAUGUUAAGCUUUUAUUUCCAGAAAAAAAUUGGGCUUUCACAGGCAGUCCUACCGUAUUGUUUGGCAUUGCCUCAUACAAAAAUCAUCAGAUGCUAAUAGAUGCCUAAUCCUCAUCCUUACAGAGUGAUAGAAAUAAAAUAGCUGACUUUAAAUUCCUUUUGUUUUACUGAUUAUUGAUUUGGCUUUAUAUUUUAAGGCGCUAGAAAAAAAGUGUUUUAGAAAGUACUGAGCACUUAAAAAGGUACUGUGCUACAUGCUUAAAAUGCAUUAUCCAAUUUACCUAUGAAAGUAGGUACUCUGAUUAUGUACAUUUUGCAAAAGAGGAGGCAAAGGCACAGAGUGGGCAAAUAACUUGUCCAAGACCACAUAGCUUAAGUAUUCAAAUUGAUACUUUAGUUAUGAAUAUUCAUCAAAACCAAGUGCAUUUCCCAUUGAGUGUAUCUGUUGGUGUAAUAUCAAUCCUGAAAAAUGUGCCAUUUCAUCAGCUUCCUGUGCCAUUCACAGUGCCUUUGAAUGCUGUUUCUGAUGAGGAAAUACCUGUGUAGAAUUUAGCAUGGUUCCUCCAGCUGUUUUGAGUCAUCAGAAAUACUGAAACUAAGAUGGAUAAAAUUGGAUGUGUUUUGAUUUGUUAAACAUUCUCAUUAGAAAGUUAGGGCGUCAGAAAAGAUCCUAGAUACCUAACCCAACACUAGAAUUUUGUAGGCAACCCUGCUGGUGGAAGUAACUAGGAUAGGGUCACGUAGGGGCAGAUCUAGGAACAGCACCCACAUACAUGCUAAUGCAUUAGUUCGGUUGUAUUGGUAAGACCACAUACCUGUCAAUGUCUGUAACAAGGAAAGCUAAAUAAAAAUUCAUUCAUAAAUGAUAUUUAUACUGCUGCAAUAGUAACAUAACUAUUGGCUAAUUUAAAAGAAAGACUGUAUUACUUGUGUUGGAUAACGGUAGCAGCACUAAAAGUAGUGCUGCACUGAUUCCAAACCCUGGCUGCGCUUUAAAAAUCACUUGAGGGGAAGGGGGUGAAAAAGAAAUACCCAGGCUCAGCCCAGAUAUUCUGAUUCUGUUACUCAAAGGAAGGGGCCCAGCAUUUAAAGUUUUUCAGGCCAUUCUAAUAUAUAGGCAAGGUUAAAUACUACUGCAGUAUUGCCUGAACUUGGAUCCAAUAUAAAAUGUAAGAUUUGUAUAAUCCACAUCAUUAAUAUUCUUUUGUGCAAUGUUAGUGCUUGGGCUGUUGGUUCUUAGUUGGAUACCUUUACCUUUAAAGAAAUACAGUCAUCUUUUUAAAAGUAACUCUAUUAUUCCUUUUCUCUCUGCUCACUCUUAGAUUGUAUAGUUGUAAAAUCAUCACUAAAAUUUAAUCAAUUCUGAAGUUUAAGAUCUGUAACAUUUUUUUUUUUGAAAUCUAGAUGAGUCUUAAAAUUGAUGCCAGAAGAAACUUGCCAGCCAUAAAAUAGGGAUAAAUUGUGACAUAUGAGAAUGUAUCCCAUUGUAGAAGAUAACCUAUUUGCAUUGCUAAAACUAUCAACUGGAGCUUUAAUGGUUGCAUAAAGAACUGUCAAAUGUGUAAAACUGGAAUGAAUCAUUGAAAUAGUUUAUUGUGUUCAAAGAUUUUUUAAUAGGCAUUCAUUUGUCCAUUCACGUAAGUGCUAGUCAGCAUUCUAGGGAUUGUAGCACUUUAAAAACUAGGAAAGUUCACUGAAUAGGUCAUAGAAUUUUCUAAGCUGAGAGAAUUGGUAUAAUAAAUUCAUGUGACAUGUGGUCUGUCAUUCAAGUGCCAAAUAUAUAAAAGCUUCUAAAUGACUUUCAAAAGAACUGGUUUAAUUUCUAAACAAUUCUUAAUUCAGGGAAGGAAAAAUGAAGCUAUGAGUAGAAUUAAGUGAAUGCAGACAAAACCUGGUAUUAUUCCAUAUGUCUUAAAACCCUUAAAGUUCUAAAGAAAUCAGAAAAGUCAAUGUGAUGUUGUCUAUAGCUGUCGGUGGUGCAGAGUGAUUCAGAAAAUUUUUAGACUCUUGGUGUUUAAGGACUGAAGAAAUUUACUUUUUUAUUUCAUGUCAAGGCACACAAAGUAACUUUGUUAUGUACUGAAAAAUGUUAGUGAAACUAAGAAAGCAAUUUUAGAGUUUGUUCUAGAAAAGAUAUCCUAAUAGUGAUAUUAUUGAGAAAUUUGUAGUUGGUUUAACUUUUGUGGGGUUUGUAGAUAUUGUAGAUAUGUUGUCUGUAUUUAUAGAAUUCCCCUUUAUAUUCUAUUAUACUGGAAUAAAUAUCUUAACAAA